GGGAAGAGCAGGCUGGGAUGUGAGUUGACACAGUGGCUGAAGCAAGAGGGGGAAAAUGGGUGGCCUAUAGUUUGGGGGGGAAUAGGCCUGCAGACACAGCAGUACUGCCGUGGACCAACCACCUAACGGACUGCAACAGCCGUGCCAAUCUCCCCACGGAUGCUAGCCAGAGCUGUACCAAGACCAGGCUUCCCUCCUCUCUCCCCAGAACCACAGCUGGUGCUGGGCCUCCAGCCUACUGGGAAGCCCAGCAGGAGGGAAGAGCCAAGGUCACGUAGCAGUGAUGACCCUAUUAUCCCCAAACACGUCAUCACCAAGUGGGCAGGUUCUGUCCUCCGCCAGCCACGGAGAGUGGACUGGCCACCAGGGGGCACUCUGGCAAGAGAAUUCCCUCCAAACCCCCUUGCCCGCCCCUAGGGGUGGAGGCUAGGCUGGUCUCCUUCCUGGAAUGGGCCAGGAGGGAGGAGCAAGCGGAAGGAAGGAAGCCUGUGUGCAGCUAGCUGGCCCAUCAGCCCAGGACACAAGCUCUCCCAGUGGCCAGUUUGGACUCCCUGGAACUAGCUACAGCUGGGCAUGGCAGGAUCUGCACAGGUGCCCACACUGGUGUACCUGGUCACAGGUGGCUGUGGCUUCCUGGGGGAGCACAUUGUUCGGAUGCUGCUGGAGCGCGAGCCCAGGCUCCGGGAGCUGCGUGUCUUUGACCUGCACCUGAGUUCCUGGCUGGAGGAGCUGAAAACAGGGCCUGUGCAGGUGACCGCCAUCCAGGGGGAUGUGACUCAGGCCCACGAGGUGGCAGCUGCCGUGGCUGGAUCUCAUGUGGUCAUCCACACAGCUGGGCUGGUGGAUGUGUUUGGGAAGGCCAGUCCAAAGACCAUCCACCAAGUGAAUGUGCUGGGCACACAGAAUGUGAUUGAGGCCUGUAUACGGACUGGAACUCAGUUCCUGGUCUACACAAGCAGCAUGGAAGUUGUGGGGCCUAAUGUCAAGGGCCACCCCUUCUACAGGGGCGAUGAAGACACCCCGUAUGAGGCAGUCCACAGGCACCCCUACCCUUGUAGCAAAGCCCUCGCUGAGCAACUGGUCCUGGAGGCCAAUGGAAGGAAGGUCAAUGGAGGGCUACCCCUGGUGACAUGUGCCCUUCGACCCACGGGCAUCUAUGGUGAAGGUCAUCAGGUCAUGAGAGACUUCUACAACCAGGGCCUGCGCUUUGGGGGUCGGCUGUUUCGGGCCAUCCCGGCUUCUGUGGAGCACGGUCGGGUCUAUGUUGGCAACGUGGCUUGGAUGCACGUGCUGGUGGCCCGGGAACUGGAGCAGCGGGCGGCGCUCAUGGGUGGCCAGGUCUACUUCUGCUACGAUAAGUCACCGUAUAAGAGCUACGAGGACUUCAACAUGGAGUUUCUGGGUCCCUGUGGACUUCGGCUGAUAGGCACCCACCCACUUCUGCCCUACUGGCUGCUGGUGCUUCUGGCUACCCUCAACACCCUCCUGCAGUGGCUCCUCCGCCCACUGGUGCUGUACACACCCCUGCUGAACCCCUAUACUCUGGCCAUGGCCAACACCACCUUCACUGUCAGCACCAACAAGGCACAGCGCCAUUUCGGCUACAAGCCCCUCUUCUCAUGGGAAGAGAGCAAGGCCCGCACCAUUCACUGGGUGCAGGCCUUGGAGGCUUCGGCCAGGUGAUGUGGCCAGGGCCUGGAGGCCACUGUGGUACCUACUCAAGAUCCUGAGCCUUCAGAACUGGAUGGAGAGAAGCGGCUGCCUUCUGAAGCUGGGGGCUGUGGUGCCUGACUGGAUGGAUGAUAUGGACCCUGCCACAUUUUAACUAUACAGAUCUUGAGCCUGGGUGGUAUCCCAGCCUCCAAGUUCUAGGACAGGGUUUGGGGACAGGCCUAUCUUUGGUCCCAACUGAGGCCUGCCAGCUGGUUGGCAAAACUGAUUCCUAAUGGUCCCACUACCCCUUCCCAUUUCCGGUUUCUCAAGCUGGAAGGGGCAAAGAUCCCAGAGACCUGCUGGUCUGCUUACUCUGGGUGUCUUCAGACCUGCCUUCUGCCACGUCUGGCUCUCUUUAAGAGGUUAUAGGUCCAUCAUUUUCUUUUUUUUUUUUUUUUUUGGUUUUUCGAGACAGGGUUUCUCUGUGUAGCUUUGUGCCUUUCCUGGAACUCGCUUUGGAGACCAGGCUGGCCUCGAACUCACAGAGAUCCGCCUGGCUCUGCCUCCCGAGUGCUGGGAUUAAAGGCGUGCGCCACCACCGCCCGGCGCCAUCAUUUUCUUAAGUGUAUUUCUUUUAGACAUUUUCUUGUAAUUUGCUUUAAAGAAAACUGAAGAAAUCAAUGAUUUUCCAUGUCUUGCCUCUCCAACCAAAUUCAGCUCCUGUGAUAUUGUGAGCUUUCUGCCAAGGAGGCCAACCGUGCUGUGUCUGGCCAAGCCUGGAUUAAAAAGCCUUUUCCAA